CGAUCAAGAACACUAGAGGCAGACUGGAAGAGAGGCAGACAUGACAAAGGGAGAUUUGUCAUAAACUGGGUGCGACUGGGUCACAGCCUGUACUUGCACAGUGCACAGUUUGAAACUUAUGAACCAUUUAUUUCUGCAAUUUUCUGUCCUCAGGAAACUGCAGAUAACAGAAACCACGGUAACUGAAACCGCGGAUAUGGGGGUCCCACUGUAUUUCACCUUACACAAGUCUACAGUGAAAUGAAAAGCUUUCACAUGGGUUCACAGUCAUUGAGAAUACAGGAGACAUAAGGUGAAUUAAGGCUGAAUGCCUGAAUGGACAGAGUGAUGUUCAAUUGAGGUUCUAUAAUAUUAAUCCCUGUUUGAUUUGCCUAUUCGGAGCAUUUAUCUUCCUGCUUCAGGCGCGAGUGACAAUUCCUCACUGACCUUUGGGAUUAUUGUAAAACUUCAGUCUUCAGUGAGGGGCUACAGUCAGGAUAGGUAACUCAUUAACGCCAUUAUUGUCAUGUGAGAGUGCUUAGCCUAAGAGCAGAAGCCAGGUGGGUCUGGAGCAGGAAGGACUCGCAGAAAGCAAACAGGAGUACACCCACCUGCUGAAGCCAUAGCCCCAGUUUUCAACCAGGCAGUUGCCUGGUGACGGAAGCCAUAGCAGAAUGGAUCUGGCCGACGAUUACACGUCACCAUUCAAUUUCGAACAAGGUGUAAACACCAGUUACCUGUACCUGUCACCCACUGUGAGCUUAACACAACCAGGGUCACCGGGAUCACCAUUAAGAGAAGCGCCAACGCCAGACUCCGCCCCAGAAUUGGGAGAGGGUGCCGUUUCUACUGUGGCCACAUGUGUUAGUGCCAUAGGCCUGGAGGAUCAAGAGGAGUUGCACAGUCAGCUUGCCAAGGUGGAAGAUGAAAUACAGGCUCUCGGUCAGGUCUUAGCUUCCAAAGAGAAGAGAGUUGCUGAGAUCAAGAGAAAGUUGGGCAUCACUCCCCUUAAUGAGCUCAAGCAGAACAUCACCAGAAACUGGCAUGAAGUCACCACAUCCACUGCCUAUAAGAAAACCUCAGAGUCACUGAGCCACGCUGGAGAGAGAGCCACUGCAGCCUUUUCCAGUGUGGGCCUUGCUAUAAGCAGAACACUGGAAGACGUCAGGAAUACUGCUGCAUUCAAGUCAAUCGAAGGAAAAGUGGAAUAUUUGAAGACCAAGAUGAGCCUCACGACAUCAACAGGUCCUGAACUGCAGGACCAGGAUGAAACCAGGGGAGCCGCUGGUGGAGAGCUGCCAUAGAGACCUCUGCUUCAUGACGCAUGCUUGCCCUAAAGGGCAGAGCAGGAAAUCGAACUCUCGGCCCCGUCAUUUUACACUUACGACGAUGUAAAUCGGUUUGCAUUGGAAUUGGCAUUUUGUAUAUAGACUGUUGUGCUUUAUUGGUGUAGUCAAAAAAUAUUGUGUUCGUGAAACCAGAGCCAUUUGUAGAGCUUGCAAGCGUGGGAAGUGGUGAAAAUUAGCCUUGAAAUUUUCAGUGAGUAGAUGCAGCCGCCUUAGAUGUAACUCUUUAUUGCAACUGAAGAGAACUUGGGUAAAAAUGGUCCAGACGACUCUGACCAUAACCUUUCGUAAGUGCCUCAUAUGGCAGCUGAAGAAAGCUGAAGUCCCACACGGUGCACCCCCCCAGGAGUGAAACACCAGUGCUGGUCAGUUUUUUAAAGACUUGGACCUGCUUUGCAUUUUUUUUUCACUAUCAACCCUUAAGGAACAUAGUUGAACUCAUGCUGUACUUAUCACAAGAGAGCCUGUAGCACACUGGUUUUGCAGUUAGACCAUAAACCUUUAAUGAAUUAUUGAAUAGUUUUCUAAAGAUGUUCUCGGUAAGCUAAUUUGGUGCUCAGUGAGCAUGCACUUAUCUCCAGGGGACAUUAGGCUGCCGGGUCUGUGAUCAAAAGGUUGCUGGUUCAAAUCCCCCAGCAGCAAGAGUGAUAUACACUCCUAACCCUUAAUUGCUCCUAGCACAGGCCGAUCCUGCUGUCUCGAAAUGUAUUCUGUUUUUGUAUAAAACAUCUGCUAAAGCUGAACGAUUUAUCUCUGGUGAUAAUAAGAGUGGUUGCACAAGGCCUUUAACCCCAAUUACUCCUCUGACUGCUUGACCCUGCUGUCUCGCUUAUACAUACGUUUGGGGAAAAAAGCCUUUGUUAAAUAAAGUCAUAUGGAGCACAAAGCAACUCUUUGCUUAGGCCUAUAAUUGAAGCUCUGAGGUUUCUUAUUUAAUACAUGAAAAGAGGCACAAGGAUGGAGUUUGUUAUGAGGAAACCGUGGGCAGAAACGGAUUCAAAAUCCUCUGCAGGUUUUUAUUUCAGAUUUAGGCUUUUUAAAAAUGAAUAUUUCCACUUAACUGACAAAUAACAACAGCAACAAAUUGAUUGUUGUGUGGCGCAGUUUCACGACAUUACAUCGUCUCAAAGCGCUUUACAGCAUCCGCACCCAAAGCCCCCAGUGAGUAAUCCAAAGGCGACAGUGGCAAGGAAAAACUCCCAAGAAGGAAGAAACCUUGGGAGGGACUAGACUCAAAGGGGGAGCCCAUCCUCCAGGGGCCGGCAGGGAGAGUCAAAUAGGAGAGAUGGUUAAGUGCCAAGUCACGCUGUCCAAGUCAUGAGAUUUAAGAAAUAACUGGAGAGCAGGGGGGAGAUGACAAGCCGGUGCCGACUCUCCUUCCAAUUGCCAGGCAACCAGAAGUAAGGCAGCGGGUCCUACAUGGAAGAUGACACAGGCAGAAGGGCGAGCUGGAUGCAGGGACGUCACUGAUGGUGGCGACGUCACAUGCAGCAGGGUGUGCUGGACAUCUUGAUUGACUGAGGUCUCCAGGCAGCACCCCCCAGGAGGAGUAGGGGAAAUACAAUGUGCAAUUAGUCAAAGUAGGGGAGGAUAUAGGCAGUGCUAACAGCUAGGUGAGUGCAGUACGAAACUAAAUAAAGCAUUACUAGUCUUUUUAUGAUGACGUUUGGACUGACAAUAAUAAAGAAUGAUCAACAUCGUUAGUGCUUCCUUUCCCACUUUUAGAGGACUGUGCUUGUGUGUUUCCGGCCACAAACGUGGGCUCAGGUAGACUGCUGUGUCUAUAAAACACCCCCAUUCUGUUCGGUUCCCGGCCUCCUGCCCGAUGUUUUUUGAGCUGGGAUCCAGCCAUGACAUCUGCUGAGUGGUUAUGGAAAGUACUACAGGGAUUUCUUUUGAUUUCUUUUGCGACAGAAGGGUUAUGAUGUGUCACAUAUAAAAACAAUAUAGAACUGGUAGUUUCACUAGAAUAUAUGCUCUUAUGAUACGUUGUUGCAUUAACUUAUGAAACAUCUACAGUGAGUGGCACCAUAAAAUGUGUCUGUAUAUUUGAUCAGGACAUGUGGUCAACUUUGACCUAACAGAUCCUGAAAUGAAUGAAAUUGUUGGCAUGGUGGUGCCUUGUGCUGCAGUAUCUCCCCUUUCCAGUGUCAUUUCAAUCAGUCUUGGACCCCCAGAGGGUUUUUUCUGUUCUCCUUACUUAGGAGUUUCUGGUUCUUCUCCUCCAUUCUCUCCUGGCAUUCAUUCAUUCAUUCAUUCAU